UGAAAACUUGCACGGAGAGCACAAUUAAAAGACCAUGUCCGCCAUCGGGCGUCGGCAGUCCUCGGUGUCCUUAUUUAAACCAAAUUCUCCAUGAAAUAGCAUUAUCCCGUGGCCUCAACAAUGGCCAAUUCGGGUGCCGUUCAGGUGAAACUGGAACUCGGUCACCGUGCCCAGGUCCGAAAGAAACCCACCUUGGAAGGUUUUACGCACGACUGGAUGGUGUUUGUUCGCGGACCUGAACACAGCAACAUUCAGCACUUUGUGGAGAAAGUCGUGUUUCAUCUCCACGAAAGUUUCCCAAAACCAAAAAGAGUGUGUAAAGAUCCACCAUAUAAAGUAGAAGAGUCUGGAUAUGCCGGCUUCAUAUUGCCAAUUGAAGUUUACUUUAAAAACAAGGAAGAACCAAAAAAGGUGCGCUUUGACUACGAUUUGUUCCUGCACUUGGAGGGCCACCCACCUGUCAAUCAUCUGCGUUGUGAAAAGCUCACUUUCAACAACCCUACUGAAGAGUUCCGCAAGAAGCUGUUCAAGGCCGGAGGGCAACGUGAUCCUCACAAAAGAUCUUCAGAGGACUCUAAAGUUAUGGUAAUGCAGGAAGGCUCCACUUCUCUGUUCGGUCAGCAUCUCAAGCUGCCCACAUUACCCAGCAGUUCAUUAACAAUGACCUUCUCUGAUGUGAAAAAGAGCAAGUCCUUCCCAGGGCCAAAGGAUGGGUCCAAAAGCAGCAGUGCUCUUACUACCACAAACAAUAUCAGCAGCAGCUCCCUAAAACUCCACAAACCGUCCAAGGAGCACAAGGACAAGCCUUCCAAAGACUCAAAAGAGUCCAAAAGUGCCUUCAGAGAUUUCAGCAAGGACUCCGACAAACUCUCUAAAGAUUCUAAAAAACCCAAAGAGAAUCAACCACUUCAGGAAGCUCACCCCGUUCCUCAGAUGGGAUUCAAGGAGCCCAAGGUCUUGUCAAAGGAGCAGCAGCCAUCAGAGGUCAGCUUCUCAAACUUGGUACAGAGUAAACGGCGGCCUGUGUUGGACAGUGAAGGCAAUGUUACCAAAAAACGGAAAAGCAGUUUUUCUGAGAGCUCUCAAAAGCUGCAUGCUUGUCCCACCUUGAUCCAGCACCACCAUCUGGACAAAAAAGUUCUGAAGGACAAGUCACAAAUCCGGCAGAGUAAGUUACAAAAUAGUGAACUUUCAGAAAAGAGGAAACCAGCAGCAUUACCUCCCUUCAAGGAUGUGUUGGACCCAAAUGACUCUGACAUGGAGGACAGCAUGUUCACAAGAUCAGAUUCUGAUCAACCCAGCCCGGCCAGCUCCAGUUCCAGUUCAAGCUCAGGCUUUGGACGCACACAUAAACGGCAAGAUCUGAUCACCUCGACUUUCAAGAAAGAGCCCAUAUUGGCAGUUGCCUCAGUGUCAAGAAUGCUGGGUCCUUUACGGACGGUAAUCCCAGAUUUGCACUCAGAUGAAGAGGAAUCAGAAGAGGAGGAUGGUAAUGACAUGGACUCAGACUUGGAGCGACCAUUACACAUGCAAAUGACACAUCGGCACCGCAGGGUGAGUUUAAGUGAUGGCAGCAACAGUGAAAACAGCUCUACCUCUUCACCACUACCCCAUAAUGACCCCCCACCUCUACUGAAAGCUACCAAUAGCCAGAUACUAGAAGGAAAGAGUCCCAUGAAACAAGCAAAAGCAGACAAAAAUAAAAACAUUGAUUUUGACAAGUCAUACUUGGAUGAACUAGUAGAGCUUCACAGAAGACUAAUGACACUACGGGAGAGGCACAUAUUACAGCAGAUUGUAAACCUCAUUGAAGAAACGGGACACUUUCACAUCACAAACACAACGUUUGAUUUUGAUCUCUGCUCUCUGGACAAAACCACAGUUCGGAAGCUGCAAAGCUACCUGGCGACUUCUGGAUCAUCUUGAAGACUUGUGCAGCUGGCUGCAAUGAAGAGGACAAUCAGACCUAAUUUUUGAAAUUGUUUUGUUUUUCUCUUGCAUAAAAACUUUUAAGGCAAUGGAAAAUAUGUUAUUUCUUCCAAUAGCUACUCUGGUCUCUGUGUAUGCCUCAGAAUUUGACAAAACAUUAUGACUUGAGUCUGGAGGUUCUUAUGGUCAACCAGGACUUCACCCAAAACGCCUUGAUAAUCCAACAUUGCCAAAAAAAAAAAAAAAUGUUUGUGGUCUAAAACGAAAUACAAUUGUGUAUAUUGUUAUUAUGUAUGAAUGUUUGAUAUUUUUUUUGUGACAAAUGCAUGUUUCAACACUGCCUUACCACAUUGUCUAUUUAUUGAAUGUGAGUUUCUUGUGUGUGUGUGUGUGUGUGUGUGUGUGUGUGUGUGUGUGUGUGUGUGUUAGAGCAAAUGAUAUUAAACUUGUGCAAGCACUUGGGAACAAUCAUCUCAUUGGUACAGUAUGGUUAUGGAACAUCAGAAGUUUUGGUAAAUCAAUUUUCACUUUAAAUGUGAAAAGAUGAAAGAGUUUCAUUCACUGUUUUUAUUGAUCAGAUUUCGGUAUGUUUUUUAACUUGUUGUAUAUCAGGUAAAAUGAAUGGUUUUAGAACAAGCUGUACUUUGAUAUGAACCUUGAGGAUGACUUUCAGCCCUAUUAUUUAAUUAAUUGCAGAUUGUCAGUGUCAACAAUAAAAUGUUGAUAUGUCAAUAAUUAAUUAUAUUAUGAAAAAGGCGGCAGGAUAUAUCUUCAACAAAAACCAGUGACCUCUGACCCAAAUGUUUCACUUGAAGUUUUGAAUAGAAAAGUGUAUUGUUGAAUCUUCAAUGUUAUUUAUUUUUUCUUUCUAGGGACCACAAAUCCCAAGACUUAAUUUGUUGUCCUCAAACAAAUGGGAACAGGCCAAGUGCUUACUCUUUAACUGUAGCUUGGUAGUUAUUUGUUAAACUGAGGAACUCAAAAGUAUCGAACUUGACUUUUCAGGUCAAUUGAUUGAUCUUUUUUUUUUUUUUUUUUUUUAAUAAUUGAAUUAAUUAAUUGAGGCUGAAUUAAGCAGAUUGUGCAGUUGAGCUGUAGCCCACAAACUCUGCAUAGAGCAAGAGUAAUAUCUUUCAAUUUCAUUAUUUUUAUAAUGUUGAAUCAGAUUAGCCAGUCUUUUGGACUUAUGGAUAUUUUGGGAAACCCGAGGGUGGUGGGGGGGGUGAGAGGGCAGACUGAAUAAUUGGCACUAUGUGUAGUGUAUACAAUUUUCAGAAGAAAAAAAAAAAGACAUUUUGGAAUUUGUUUUGAUUGUUUUUCUUAAUGAAAUCAUGCCUUGUACACUUUAUUUUUGUUUAUUUUCUCAGAUUCAGUUUCUCAGCCCAAAGAGCUUUUAGUUUAGUUAUCAUUGUAUAAUGUUUAUGUGUAUAUAAACUUUAUAUGUGAUAUAAAAAAAUCAUCUUGACUUUAUCUGCUUUCUUGGAAGGCUCUGACCUGCUUCCAAUCGAAAGCUCUUGAUCAUAAUAUAAAUUCAAAAUUAAUUUGAUAUUGAUGUGCAGUUACAUGCCAUUAAAUUGAAAGAAAAUAAUUGCUUUUGUUAACUGACCUAGAUAGAUUGUCAGAAGUAUUCCACAUGAAACUAUACUAAAUGCAAAAGA